CAGUAUCUCUCCACCUCCUCCUCCUCGCGCGGCGUCGGGCUGAUGUGCGCGCCCACCUCGUUCCAGGCGACGCGCUCCACCGACAGCCAGCUGUUCGCAGCGAGCACGCUUCUGGCUACAGCCGCAAUCCGUAUGCCGUCCCCCGGCCGCUUUCCUCGCAAAUCCCACCGUGGUGGACGAGCCAGGAUGUGAUGGGGCCGCUGCGCUGCCGUCGCUAGCUGGGCGGACGAAUUCCUUCAAGCAGUCUGCGGUUCCAAUCACUGCGGCUCGACACGCGAGCCGAGGCGUUGUUAGGGAAGCUAGCGGGCUAGCUCUAGCGGCCGCUACGUCUAUUUUAGCCAGCGUUUGCUAAUGUAGAUACUGGGAUUACGGACGCAUUGCUGCGGCGUGGGUAGCGCACUAACGGUUUUCACGGUAACGUUAGCCGGAUCGCACGCGCUGCUCCCUUUCCUAGCGUAAACUAGCUAGCGAGCGGCACACACAUUACCGACUGUUACGGGCGUAGAUGUGGCGACACUGCGGUUUUGAGUCACUUUCCGUGGAUUGAAGGCAGAAUUGGGCCACGGUGCCGGGGGGGCGUUAAUGAGAUCAAUUGCAUUUAAAGUGUCGAAUCCGCUGCAGUAAUCUGAACAUUAGCUGCGGUAGAGCAUCCCGUCGAGGCCCCCAGCGUCUCCCGACUCCCCACUCCUGACCGAAUCCUCCGUGAUUUGCCGAGGCAGCACCCGAGUGGAGUCGCGGUGGUUCUCGGCUGGGGGGGCAACUUGACAGCGAGGCCCCUAGCUAGUCUCCCCUCCCCCCCGGUCCAGUCCGUCCAUCCAUCCGCCCGCCCGUCCAGCCCGACAGACCACCUCCUCGCCCGAUACCGACGCGAGGAGCGGGCCUUCGAGAUCAGCAGAAACCGUGGGCCAGUGUUCGAGUCCCGUCUGAACCGGGCUGCCCAAACCAGAGGGGAUGACUCUGGAGUCCAUGAUGGCUUGCUGCCUGAGCGAAGAGGCAAAGGAGUCGAAACGAAUCAAUGCAGAAAUUGACAAACAACUCCGCCGAGACAAGCGGGACUCCCGGAGAGAGCUGAAAUUACUUCUUCUCGGCACAGGAGAAAGUGGCAAGAGCACCUUUAUCAAGCAGAUGAGGAUCAUCCAUGGAGCUGGCUACUCAGACGAAGAUAAGAGAGGCUUCAUCCGCCUUGUUUACCAGAACAUCUUCACCUCCAUGCAGGCCAUGAUUCGUGCCACCGAGACUCUGAAGAUCCCCUACAAAUAUGAACAGAAUAGGUCUAAUGCCAUGAUUGUGAAGGAGGUGGACAUAGAGAAGAUCUCUUCGUUUGACCAGCCCUACAUCACAGCUAUCAAAAGCCUGUGGGCUGACCCAGGGAUCCAGGAGGCUUAUGACCGCCGCAGAGAAUACCAGCUGUCUGACUCCACUAAAUAUUACCUUAGCGAUUUAGAUCGCGUGACCUCGGAGGGAUAUGUUCCCACCCAGCAGGAUGUGUUGAGGGUCCGUGUUCCCACCACGGGUAUAAUAGAGUACCCAUUUGACCUGGAGAACGUCAUCUUCAGGAUGGUGGAUGUGGGAGGUCAGAGGUCAGAGAGGAGGAAGUGGAUUCACUGCUUUGAGAAUGUCACUUCCAUCAUGUUUCUUGUGGCGCUGAGUGAGUACGACCAGGUCCUGGUGGAAUCGGACAACGAGAACCGUAUGGAGGAGAGCAAAGCUCUGUUCAGGACUAUCAUCACCUACCCCUGGUUUCAAAACUCCUCCGUUAUUCUCUUCCUUAACAAGAAGGACCUGCUAGAGGAGAAGAUCUCCUAUUCACACUUGGUGGACUAUUUCCCUGAAUUUGAUGGUCCCCAGAGAGAUGCCCAGGCAGCGCGGGAGUUCAUCCUCAAGAUGUUUGUGGACUUAAACCCAGACAGCGACAAGAUCAUCUACUCUCACUUCACCUGUGCCACGGACACUGAGAACAUCCGCUUUGUGUUUGCAGCUGUCAAAGACACCAUCCUACAGCUCAAUCUCAAAGAGUACAACCUGGUGUGAGAGUUUGUGUAUGACACACACCUCCUCCCCACUGCACAAAUGCACACCUCUUUGGGAAAGUGUGCUCAACUACAUUCAGUACACAGCACACCAUGCCAACCUACACACCACACACACACACACACACACACACACACACACACACACACACACACACACACACGGUAUCCUUUCUUUUCCCCACUCCACAUUCACAGAUCCUCCCACCUGCAAACGCCGCCCUCCUCUUUCACCAAAGCUCACCCUCUUCCUCCUUCACUCGGCAGCUUGUUGUGUCCUCGCUCCCUCCAAAUCCACUCCAUGUGUCAGAUUUGGCAUCGGCUGGUGGCUCUAGGACACAAAUCUUUCAUACAAGCUGCACAGAGACUGAAUGGGACUUUGGUGUUUGUAUGUGCGGCGUUUGUGUAUUUGGGGCAGCGUUAGCAAGGAGCUUUGUUUUGGUAAAUAGCAGCAUCAAAGCCCUGCGACCCCUGGAGCUGGUCCUCAGCAGUAUGAGAUCAGAUCCUCAGCAGAAUGAGAUCAGAUUCUCCGUCUUCUCUUUACCUCCCGCUAGAGUAGAUUGAAGUCAGUCCUGUUCAUCCUGGAACCACCCCAGACAAGUAGUUCGAGCGAAUUCCUUUUUCACUGAGGCAGAAUGUGAGAGUGUGCACAGGACGUAAGGGGACAGCGCUGAGGAUUCUGUCUCCACCUCGCAUCUAUGAAUGUACCCGCCAGUGUGAGCAUCGCUGUUGCAAAAAAAAAAAAAUAGAAAUCUGCAUAAUGAAGUAAGUGCAUAUUUAACUAUAAGACCUAAAGCACGUGGAGGAAAGUCAUCGCUCUGUGAAAUCUGUUCAUUGCUGAAAUUUUUAAAAUGUUUUUAUUAACAAUUUGUUCCUGCAUCUCCCUCUAUUUAAAAAGGAAUAGCUCAGCGAAAUGGUGAACACGCGCAACUAAAACAGAAGCAACCAGAAAUUUACUUGACAUAAGUAGUCUUUAACAAUUUCAGUACUUUUAUAUUUAAGUUAGUCACGUCGCUUCCCUCCUCCAGAUGCUUUGAGUUUCUCUUCAGUGCAUCUGGCUCCACUGAUACACCCCCCACCUUUGUAUAACACACACUAGUAGCGAGUGAAAGCGAAUGUGAAGUGGUGCGUGAUGUCAUCAGUGUUCAUUAGCUCACAGAGCACAGCUGCAGCCUGGGCUGCAGGUAGCUCAUUCAGAACCGAAGCGAAAGCUGUAAAUUAAACACGCGUCCACUGGGUCCACGAGUUAACAUGUCCAAUGACAUCACACUGCGUCAGUCAGCCGUCCAAUCAGAUACGCUUCCUGAUGGUGACAUUGUUAUCGGUCAUAUCGGGAUUUUUUUUUUUUUUUUUUUUUUUUUUUAUUGUAUAGUCACUUUGUUUAUAAAAGGAUUGCUUGCUGUUGAGUGUGUGAGGGGAGGGUGUAUGAACAUUUCAAAGAAAAAGCACUCAGAAGUCUGCAAAUGUUUGUAAAUACAUAUACACAAAACACACUGUACAAAAUGCUCUGUGGUACACCAUCGUUGGCAAAAAAAACAAACAAAAAAAACUUUCGUUAGCAUACAGUUUUUUCCUAUGGAUUAUUAUGGUAGUAUUGAUACUGUGAUUAUGGAUUUUGUUCACUUGAUUAAUAGGACUACAAAGAGCUGAGUGGUGGUGAGAAAAUGAUUGACAAGGAGCAAUAGUCACAGAGUAGAGGUUCCUCCCAACCAGCCUCGCGGUUCCACACUACUGCGACAGUUCCACAGUCAUACUAGGGCUGGUAAAACCUUCACAGUAUGGUUACACGAUGAUUUUAACAGUAAUUAAAGAUUUUCCUUUUUAUUUAUCUAAUUUAUGGACCAGGUUUGAAGGUGUUGAUAAUUUGACUGCUUUUGAAUCUGUCAUGUUAAAGUGCUCCUUUUUCUCAUGCGGAGCUUACUUGAGUCUGAACUGCUGUAAAAACGAAUGUCUGGUAUUGUAAGGACUUUAUCUCUGCUCUCUAUUUCUUAGCGAGACAUUUCCAGUUGUACUUGCAUCACAUCUUCAUCCAUGAUAAUUUUUUUUCUUUUUUCUUUUUUUUUGUUUUAAUUUAUUUAAGGAGCCUGCAAUUUUUCUUUUUUUUCUUUUUUAAGAAACUCCUGGUUUAUAGAUUCAGCGCUGUAAUGCACACCUAGAAAAUGUACAGUAUGACUUUUUUUUUUUUUAAUCAAUGAUUUAAGACCAUGUGGUCCAUGCUUACUAUUUGUAAUUUAACACAAAGUCUAUGGUCUGUUUUUGCAUUGUUGAUUUCCAGUUUCUGGAGGCUUGCGUUGAUAGUGCCAGUGAAGUGCAGGUAUUCCUUUCUUGGUCUUUGACCUUUUCUACAGGUGACUUCAUCCUCAUUAAGGGCUAUCACAGUGUAUCAGGCAUCAGACAGUGGGGAGUGGAGUUCAGGAACACAGUGAACCAAGUCAUCCACUACCUUGUGGGGAAUGGAGAUUAAUUGCAGUAUGUGCUGUUAGGUAUAGUUGAUGCAAAUAUGAGGCGUCUGUAGAGAGUUUACCAACACUAAGCAGUUUUUAUGUCCUGGUGAUUUAGGUGGACUGGUCGUAAUACUAGUGUUUAAUUGAUUGCAUUGGUAUCACAGUGUUACAUGUAAUACCUCGUACAGUGUGAAACAUUUAUCACUAAAGACACUAUUACCAGGACAAGUAUUGCACACUUCCCCAAGUAUUAGAGUUGUAGCUGAAAGCCAAGAAAUCUUAAUGACCAUUCAGGCGAUGCUUUGUAUGUUUUAACCCAUUAACAACAAGUCUUAUACUGUAAUGUUGAUCAUGAUGAUCCAUUUCUCUCGCUGUGGGCAGCUGGUUAAGUACAAAAAUAUUUUUUCUGUCAAACAUUUCUUUUUAUUUAUUUUAUUCUUUUUUUGUCGGGUUUUGAAAUGUUGAAACGUGCAGUGUAGUCGGAGAUCGGUAAUUACAAUGUCUUAAUUAGCACCUAAUCAAUUGCAAACACAAUCGAUCUCAAACAAGUUUUGUCACUUAGUCGAAUUUCAUAUAGGAACCAACCAGAGUCUCCAGAUGGACAGGAAAUCAAUUUAAAAACACAGCAAGUAAGCAGUGGUGUAAAUGUCAAGUUAAAGUUAAUGGGGCUAAAAUAUAUAUACUUCAAACUGCUGCAUGGUCAUUAACUGCCAUAUUGUCUGCUGAAAAUAACACUAUAACUGAGCUGCUGAAGCAUCCAGCCAUUCAUUAAGUCUACUGUCAACAAUCUACCAGUAUGAAAACCCAAGUAUUUAUCAGUAGUGCUGUUGGGAUUAGUAGUGUUAGGGUGUGUCGAGUGCAGCUCACUAACGGUGGAAAACUGAAGUUGUAUUUUAUUCUUGGGCUAAGCCAUGACACAUGGUGAAGGGCAGCCAUGGGUCAGCGCGUGGCAGUCUUGUGUUGGAGUAAGAGGGAAGGAUGUCGGCAUAAUGCUUAAAUCUCCACUUUCUUCCUUCAUUAUUUUCCAUUUUGAGCAUUAACUGGCGAAAAGACUGACCUGUUUUCCACCAAAACACUAUUUAUUGCCUUUCAUUGCCUUGAAUAAUGCACGCUGGCAUUGCUGGUCCACUCUGCGAUCUGUAGGUCAGCCUGAGAUGUGGAAUCAGACUUAUGUUAUGGACAGAGCUGUGUUGUUGGUGCAUAUUCAAAAGCAUAAGCUUGUUCUCUGUGUGUGUGGGUUUUCCCUCCGUAUAAGACAUUGCCUGAACACUAAUAUUUAGGACCACUUGAUUUGCCCCCCACCCCCCCCACUCUGAAACCUGAUGGUCAACUGUGUAGUGGUGUAUAAAAUGUUUUUCCUCAUUAUUUUGUAUGUAAACCAAAUGUAAAUGAUGUAUUAUACUGAGUGUGCCAACCCCACUCUCUAGAGCCAGGCUCUCUCUAAGUGCCAACGCUGCGGUCAUCAUCAAACGGACCACCAUCUGAGAAGGUCCCCCUUUUUUUAAUUAAGACACACCAGAGACUAAAAGGCUAGAUUAGGUGCACACAAAGACUUUAUUCUGUAUUUAAGAUUGAAGAUUUAAAAGAUAAUCUACAGUUUUUUGUUUUUUUUUUAAGAAAGUGUAAUUAUAAUUGCAUGUGCUGUUUAUUUUGUUUUGGAAGCGGGGGCUUGGCUGUUUUUCUUGAAGCAGAGCCCUUGAUUACGGGGUUUCAAUCAGUUGGUUAUUAUCAAAUAUUGAUUUACAUAACUUGCCAUAUUUUUUUGUUUCAUAUAUUUGUUUCAACCACUGUUGCCUGAUCCUCAUUCAAACAUGAACAUGACUUAUGAUCAUUGCCGCCUUCUAAGAGAGAAACAUAAUGACAAGGUAUCUGUUUUAAAUUGAAAUAAAUUUGUUCCUAUACUUGC